GCGGCCGCUCCCUCCCUCGCUGGCAGUGCUGGCCAAGAUGGCGGACUUCCUGCCGUCGCGUUCCGCGCUGUCGGGCUGCUUCCCCGGCUGCCUGCUGAGCAGCGGCGAGGCCGAACAGCAGCGCAAGUCCAAGGAGAUCGACAAGUGCCUCAGCAAGGAGAAGACGUACGUGAAGCGCCUCGUCAAGAUCCUGCUGCUGGGCGCGGGCGAGAGUGGCAAGUCCACCUUCCUCAAGCAGAUGCGCAUUAUCCACGGGCAGGACUGGGACCGCGCGGCCCGCGAGGAGUUCCGCGCCACUAUCUACAGCAACGUCAUCAAAGGUGUGAGAGUCCUGGUGGAUGCCAGAGAGAAACUUCACAUUCCCUGGGGAGUUCCUGCCAACCAGAGUAAUGGGGAUAUGAUGAUGGCUUUUGAUACUCGGUCAGCCAUGGUGGCACAAGGGAUGGUGGAGACUCGGGUUUUUUUACAGUACCUUCCAGCAAUACGAGCACUGUGGGCAGACAGUGGUAUCCAGAAUGCCUAUGACAGACGCAGAGAAUUCCAGCUGGGGGAAUCUGUAAAAUAUUUCCUGGACAACUUGGAUAAACUUGGCGAAUCAGAUUAUCUUCCGUCACAGCAAGAUAUUCUGCUGGCAAGAAGACCCACUAAAGGGAUUCAUGAGUAUGACUUUGAAAUUAAAAAUGUUCCCUUCAAGAUGGUGGAUGUAGGUGGCCAGAGGUCUGAGCGGAAGCGUUGGUUUGAGUGCUUCGACAGUGUCACAUCAAUACUCUUCCUCGUCUCUUCCAGCGAAUUCGACCAAGUGCUCAUGGAGGAUCGGCUAACAAAUCGCCUUACUGAAUCUCUGAACAUUUUUGAAACGAUAGUCAACAACCGGGUUUUCAGCAACGUCUCCAUCAUCCUCUUCCUAAAUAAGACAGACUUGCUUGAGGAGAAAGUACAAAAAGUCAGCAUCAAAGACUAUUUCCCAGAAUUCGAAGGGGAUCCCCACUGCUUAACAGACGUCCAAAAAUUCCUGGUGGAUUGUUUUCGUACCAAACGCCGGGACCAACAGCAGAAGCCCCUAUACCACCAUUUCACCACUGCUAUUAACACAGAAAACAUCCGGCUGGUUUUCCGUGACGUCAAGGAUACCAUCCUCCAUGACAACCUCAAGCAGCUUAUGCUACAGUGAGGUGCAGAAAGACGUUUUUAUUUUGAUGAUUUUUUUUGUGUUUUCAAAUAGAAGUUUACAACAGGAGCAGAAAAAAUCCAGGUCCUGUCGGACUUCUUGAUGUGUGGCAUACAGCUGAGCACAUGGUUGCUAAUUUCUGCUGAAAUCCAGGCUUUAAUCUUUUUCCACUGUAGCUUCAAGUUGGCUCAAAUUGUAAUUUUAUAGCAGACCCAAGUUGCCUGUAAAGUGACUGAAGUUCAUCUCCAAACAUUUGCAUGUUGCAAAGAACAGAGCUAGAAAAUUCAUUCCACCGCCAGUUCCACGUCCAGCCUUCAGCGUGCAUUCAUUGGGAAUACAUUAGACUCAAGGCAGUAAUUUAAAAAAAACUUUCUCUUUCCUUCUUCCUUAAAACAACGAUGAGACUCUGAUAUCAUUGCUGACUUUGAUUUCUCAGGUCUUUUAUUUAGAAAUUCCAUAAAUCUCUUGCUGGAGUCUUUCUGAAGCUAGGAUGUAUAGCAUAAUGCUGUCCCUAGUUUGUGUACAGCUUCAAAUGGAUUUUUAUGAUUAGGUUUGCUUUUCAGGAAGAAGCUGGGAACUCUUGUCUACAUUAACGCUUUCUGCCAGAAAUGUCUAAUGUGAUUGUAAGUUGCAGAGUUCUCCCUAAAUUUCUUGCUGUUGCAUCAUUUAAGGAUUUUUUUUUUUUUUUAGAGCCAUAACAAAGCACAAAGCACUAUGACUAGGUUCUUCUGAAUGUCUUGCAGGUGGGAAGCGGAAACGAGCUAAAAAUUCAUAUUCAUUUUCACAUUGCCAGAUGUUACACCUAAGUACCUAGCCCCAGGGUUUGUCAAUUCGAAGUGUGCUUUUGUAUCUUUCCCCUUUGGUCUCGCAGCCUGCCUUGUGCUACAUCAGUAGUCGGAUGCACAGAACUAUUUUCAAUUUAAGUGCCUCCCCUAUUCUGUGCUCUUGCAGUAUUUUCAGUGGCCUUAUAUGAAUACAUGCCCCAGACAGUAGCUGUGUGUAGAUAAGGGUAAGUAACCCAAACACCACUGUGAUGAAUGUCUGCACAGAAGAAUAAGCAUAAUGCGUCACAGUAGUAAAUGCUCGUGCAUGAAAACAUCCGAGAAAUCUGUCAGCCGUGUCUACAAAUUCUGUGCGCGCUUGAGCCAAACAUAUUACACAGUGCUGUAAGAUGCCAUUUGUCACCAGUUAUAUUCUGCCAAAAGUCCCAUGUCAUAUACUUUCACAGGCCUUUAUUGUGGCUGUGGGACAGGUGCUUUCAGCUGAAGCUGUGCCUCCCAGGGUUUGUUACCAAACAGAAUUAAACUUGGCUAAUUUGUGCUUUUAAAAAGAAAAAAAAGCCCUCAGUACCACCACUGCACUUACUCCAUUCACAGUGCUUUUAUUUUAACCAGUGUUUUGCUUGCUACUUGCCUUAUUAAAUUGACUAAUUCUUGUGGAGGGAAAGAGUGGCCAAAGCAUUUUUUUAAGAUGGGUUUCAGCCCUGCUGUGCUUCAUGUGUGGCAAGUGGUUUGGCAUACUGGUCUGAUCCCAUAAAACUGUCCACAUGAUUGUGUUACGUUGUUAGGAGUUGGGAAAUGUGGACUCUGUUCUCAACACUGCCUCUGACUUUCUGUGAGAAGUCAUAAAAACACCUGUGUACCUUGGUCUCUGCAGCAAAGUGGGAUUGGUGCUUGCCCAGCUUGGGUAAGAGUGCUUUGAAAUCAGUUGGUGAAUUUUAACGUGUUCAAAAGAAAAGUCAUAAAUAUAAGAACAGUAAUGUGCUCCAUACGUAGACGGAGCACUUUUUCUAGGAAGCAGUGAAUCUGAAGAGGGCAUGGGAGGUUCUGGUGGAUAAGCUGCUCAAUGUUUACUCCUUGGGUGGACAUGAGGGCUAAUGGUAAUCCUUGGGUAUGCGGAUAGAGGAAUCUGAAGUUGGGAGAUUGUUUUGCCUGUAUUGGGUCCUGAUGUGGCUGCUUAUGGAGUGUCGGAUCCAGGUCGGGUAUCAACAACU